UUUCUGACUCAUUUGCAUCCUUGAAGAGCAUCUGUAGAAGAGGAAGGAAAAGAUGGGUGUGAAAACAUUUACUCAUAGCUCCUCUUCCCACAGCCAGGAAAUGCUUGGAAAACUAAAUAUGCUGCGAAAUGAUGGACAUUUUUGUGAUAUCACCAUUCGUGUCCAGGACAAAAUCUUCCGGGCACAUAAGGUGGUACUCGCAGCUUGCAGUGAUUUCUUUCGCACAAAACUUGUAGGCCAAGCAGAAGAUGAGAACAAGAAUGUGUUGGAUCUGCAUCAUGUUACAGUGACUGGCUUUAUACCUCUUUUAGAAUAUGCUUAUACAGCCACUCUGUCAAUUAACACAGAAAAUAUUAUUGAUGUUCUGGCUGCAGCCAGCUAUAUGCAAAUGUUUAGUGUUGCUAGCACCUGCUCUGAGUUCAUGAAAUCAAGUAUUUUAUGGAAUACACCUAAUAGCCAACCAGAAAAAGGUCUGGAUGCUGGACAAGAAAAUAAUUCUAACUGCAAUUUUACUUCACGAGAUGGAAGCAUUUCUCCUGUGUCUUCUGAGUGCAGUGUGGUAGAAAGAACCAUUCCUGUCUGCCGAGAAUCUCGAAGAAAACGUAAAAGCUACAUUGUUAUGUCUCCUGAGAGUCCUGUAAAGUGUAGCACACAAACAAGUUCACCCCAGGUAUUGAAUUCUUCGGCUUCCUACACAGAAAAUAGAAAUCAGCCAGUUGACUCCUCUUUAGCUUUCCCUUGGACUUUUCCUUUUGGAAUUGAUCGAAGAGUUCAGCCUGAGAAAGCUAAGCAGCCAGAGAAUACUCGGACUUCAGAAUUACCUGGCCCAUCUGAGGCAGGUAGAAGAAUGUCUGAUUAUGUGACUUGUGAAAGCACAAAAGCUACUUUGCCUUUGGGUACAGAAGAAGAUGUCCAGGUCAAAGUAGAAAGGUUAAGUGAUGAGGAGGUCCAUGAGGAAGUAUCCCAACCUGUCAGUGCAUCUCUGAGUUCGCUGAGUGAUCAGCAAACAGUGCCAGGAAGUGAACAAGUCCAGGAGGACCUUCUGAUUAGUCCACAGUCUUCCUCUAUAGGCUCUGUAGAUGAAGGCGUUACUGAAGGGCUACCUACACUUCAAAGCACUUCUAGCACUAAUACUCAUGCAGACGAUGAUGACCGAUUGGAAAAUGUUCAGUAUCCCUACCAACUCUACAUUGCUCCUUCUACCAGCAGUACAGAACGACCAAGUCCAAAUGGUCCAGACAGACCUUUUCAGUGUCCAACCUGUGGGGUACGAUUCACCCGUAUUCAGAACCUAAAACAGCACAUGCUUAUCCACUCAGGAAUUAAACCAUUUCAGUGUGACCGCUGUGGGAAAAAGUUCACCAGGGCUUACUCGCUAAAGAUGCAUCGCCUAAAGCAUGAAGGUAAACGCUGUUUCCGGUGCCAGAUAUGUAGUGCCACUUUCACUUCCUUCGGGGAAUAUAAACACCAUAUGAGGGUUUCCCGGCACAUUAUCCGCAAGCCUCGGAUUUACGAGUGCAAAACAUGUGGCGCCAUGUUCACCAACUCUGGAAAUUUAAUCGUGCACCUGAGGAGUCUGAACCAUGAAGCAUCAGAGCUAGCAAACUACUUCCAGAGCAGUGAUUUCCUAGUACCGGACUACUUAAACCAAGAACAAGAAGAGAACCUUGUUCAGUAUGAUCUUGGAGAACACAGUUUUGAAAGCAACUCCUCUGUUCAGAUGCCUGUAAUUUCACAGGUCUCCUCAACCCAGAAUUGUGAAAGCACUUUCCCUCUGGGGUCUCUUGGUGGGCUGGCAGAAAAAGAGGAAGAAGUGCCAGGGCAACCAAAGACCAGUGCUUGUGCUGAGGCUUCCAGAGAUGAUCCCCCAAAAUCAGAGCUGUCAUCUAUAACUAUUGAGUAAUUUGUAAUUUGGUUUCAGUUUUGGUUUUUGGAAAGUGCCUGUGCUUGGUCUUGUAUAUUUAAAUUUAAUUUAAUUUUUUAAAUAUGAAAGGGUUUUGGAAAGAAUUUCCCUUUUCACUUUGUAAGCCCUACAACUGAUGUUUUAUUUUUCAUAACUGAGAAAUUGCUUCUUGUAAGUACACCACAUGAUGUUAAAACAAUAGAAACUAGACUUAAGGAAGAAUGUGUUGACUUAAAACAUACACCAGUUUUUCCUUCUGUUGUUAAAAGUAUUAACAACAGAUCAGCAGGUAAAGAAAUCUGAUGGUUUUUGGUCUUCUGGAGGUUAAAGGUACAUGAGAAACCAAUUAUCACACAAAAUUUGAUACCUUACCUAGGUAGAUGUUUACUGCUAUAUGCAGGAUGUUGUAAAAAGCCUAUUGGGGGAGUAUUAAUGGAAAGCUUUCUUUAAAAUUAAGUUAAAUAUUCUACAAUCCAACAUACUUUUUUUUUUAAAGCAUUUGUCAUUUUGAUUAUGAUUUUUAUAGCAAAAAAAAUGAUAGUGGACAGGCAUUCCCUUUAUAGUACCACUCCAAAGGCAAAGAACCAUGAUUGAAAAGAGUCAGAUUGUGGAUGGAAUGGCCCAGGAGUACAAAAUGAAGACUGUAAAUCCCAGCUUCACAGGAACCCCUUUAAUACUGCUUUUUCUACUAAAGUUGAUGUUUACCUGGUCUUUGAAUGUUAAUGCCUGGCUAACCUAACUUCCCUUUACCCCUAUCAGCUAUACUUUCUCUUGAUACCAUAAAGGAAAGCUGUGGGACAUAGUCUAUAUUUUAUAUACUUAGAGGUUUAUGUAUUAUUGGGGAUGUUUUUUCUGUGCUGUUUUGGACAAAAUAAAGACUUCUGUGUUGAGGCCACA